AUGUACUGUGAUUUCGGAAAGUCUGCCUUCACCGGCAAAAUAGUACAGUCCAAGUUCAUUCGGGGCUCAUGCUCGGUCCAGGGGGCAACGUUUAAAGUUACUUCGCAGGUGUACAUGGACGUUUCCAUCGAUGGCGAAAUGAUCGGUAGAGUUAUAAUUGGAAUGUUUGGGGAAGAGGCCCCGAAAACGGUGGCAAAUUUCCGAAAACUUUGCACCGAUCAUGUAGAUGAGUUUACGUACAGAGGGAGCCGAUUCCAUCGAGUGAUCCCCAAGUUUAUGGUUCAGGGAGGUGACGUCGUUUCUGGUGAUGGUCACGGAGCUAUCAGCAUCUACGGCAAGUACUUUGAUGAUGAAAAUCUCAACAUCAACCACUCCUGCUCGGGCUUGAUAGCGAUGGCCAACCGGGGUCCAAACACCAACGGUUGCCAAUUUUACAUCACCACCAUGCCGGCCCCUUGGCUAGACGGAAAACACACCGUCUUUGGCAAGGUUUUGGACGGGCAGGGCAUAGUGCAUAAAGUGGAACAAGUUAAAACAGACACAGACGACUACCCGGUGAAGCAGGUGAUCAUCGAAGACUGUGGCGACCAUCCAAUGAACGCAGAGUUCACCGUUUCCGACGACCCGUACGAUCUGUGGGCGUGGAUCAAGGCUGCUUACUUGCCUUUGGGAAUGUCUUUCUCCAUCUUAGCCUUCUUCCAGUACAUUAUCCGAAAGCUGGAUGGAUACACAACUCGAGAAAUGUUACGCAACGAAAAAGUCGUCGUCAAGACACCAGUAAAAACCGACUAAGUUUAAUCUUUCUAGCAAAAGUAUGACCGAAUACCAUUUUUUUAAUAAACAAAGUUCGAAAAA